AGAAAUCCUCUCUCAUCCUCUCAACCCUGUCUUAUUACAAGACAUCACUGUAUUCCCCUUCACAGCUCCUCUUCACAUAGUACCCACCGCCUUUCAUUUCGUCAAAUAAUAAUGUCUGCAUCUGCAUCUACAUCCGCUACUGCUGCUUUUGACGAGGAUCUGGCCGCGGCAUUCCACCUUGCGGAACUGGAGAACAUCGACCUCCAAGAGCCUUUCGACUCUAGUAACAGCUAUUACGGCAACAGUAGUUGUGACGACUAUGAUCACGAUAAAUAUGAUAACUACGACGAUUUCAGUCUUUCUCCUGCUCCUACCCGCAAGGCGCGACCAAGACGCUCCUCCAAAAAGAACCGUUCUAAGCCUUCUAUAAAAGGGCCACCUCUUAGCAAGGUUACCUUACCUCUUAUCGAUAAUCCUCGGCCACUGAUCUUCUCUCACGAGAUUCUUAGGCUUAUCUGCUCACACCUCAGUCAGCCAACACUCCGUCAUUCUGUAAGUCUGGUUUGUAAGAGCUGGAACCGAGCCAGCGCAGACUAUAUCCAUCGCGUAGCUGUGUGGACCCCAUUACGGCCUAUGUUUCGAGAUCGACUCCUUGAAGAGAUGAAAACAGUCAAAUCAUUGGAAUGUUGGUUCGAAGCAGAACCAGGAGUACCUACAUUCGCCAACAGCGCCUUGGUCGAGAGAAGCACGACUUACAGUCAAUGGGAAGAGUUUCUUAAUGCUAUCCUUGCACCACUCCCUAAACAAAAAUGCUCGGAUAUAGAAACUCAGUAUGACAGCAACAAUAUCUUAUCGAAGUGCAAGGAUCAACUAGUCAAGAAAAAGACACCCACAUGUCUUUUUCAUUAUAUCGAUCACCUUUCCAUAAAUGGCCAUUACAUCCGAUAUGAUUCCAUUGUGGGUCGUCUACAAAGUCACUUCCAGUUCUUGAGGACGAUUUCUUUCCAAAUCCAAACUGGACCAUACAAUAUCAGACUGUUUCAGAUUUUGGACAAUGCACCAAGGCUAUUGGAGUUCAUCGUCAAUAGUCCGCUCCGCUACGGCUUGAUCAGCGCUGGCGACAAAGAAGACCUUCUCCCAGAUAUUCCAUCCCCACCUCCUUUCAACUCAGAGACAGCUCACUUUCCUCGCGAACCCAAGAUUGUUCCCCCCCCAAAGAGAUACUCGAAGAGAUAUGCCCUUCGUGUGUUUGAUGUUGAAAGAUGCGUGGUUGGACAGCGUGUUUUGGAGCGCAUUGUCAGCACAUGUCCGGAGCUCAAAAUCCUCAAGGCUGCAGAGGAUAAUCCGAUUUAUCAGUCGGAUCAAACAAGGCCCUUCGAUUAUGACCAUGUUCGCCUUAUCAAUCACAUCAAGGAAAUGUGUCCACAGCUGGAGUGGUACGGCGCCAUUAAAGGAUCAGCUAAUGUCGAAGCCCGGGAGCACCUUCAGCGAAUUUAUACACACUUUCCAGACACCAAGUUCCUGUCACUGUCGGCCGGCUAUAGCAACAACUAUACUAUACCGACCUAUGCGCCCUUACUCUGCAAUAUCACGGUCCUCAAUUUCAUUCGGUCUAAUGGUUAUCAUUCCUCGUGCCUCAUAAACCAAAUCUUGUGUUUCACACCUCGUCUCUUACACUUAAUUGCGCCCAACAGCAAGUUCCAACCGUCUUAUCUCUAUGUCCCUUCUGCGCCUGAUCCUCCAGUUCCUGGGCAAAGGUAUCCGGUUCUUCCGUCAUCAAGUGACCAAGGGGAUUCAAACAAAAUUUGGGCGUGCCGUAAACUUCGUUCUUGUGAGCUUGGGAUAGCCACUAACCAUGGGCUUAAGCCGUUCGUGGACUACAUCAAUCGGAAUGACCUCUUCCUGAACUUGACAAAUCUCCGGCUCAGCUUCGAUAACUUGUACAUGGGUCAGCUCAUGGAGUUUCCGCAUACAUACAAAGAGCUUGAAAAGAAAGUUAAAGAAGCGGAUGCCAAUAGUAAAGGCCAAGAUUACAGAGACCGACACUACUUUGCUGCAAAGACGGCCUUGGAGUGUCGGCGGUUCGAGAACCUACUCUUGUCACUACGGUGUUUAUUUUCGCUGGAAAUAUUGAAGAUGAAGACCCUGACCAUUCCAGGGAUGCUUAACUACUCAGAUUUUGAGUUCUUGAGACGACAACAGAUUGGUAACAGCGAGACAUUCUGGCCUCAAUUACAAGCAUUCCACCUCCAAUAUAUCUCCUCUCCUUUGUUUAAUAAUUAUCAUAGUGUAGUCUUGGGAGCACAAGCGAUUCGGCCUGAAGUCGAAUUCGUGAUCAUACAAAUAUCUCAAGUCGUAUGGUAGUAGCAUUCAGUCGUUUUAGUCUUGAAGCAUUCCUUUUGCAUGACAGCUUAAUUUAUCCAACUGCAGUUCCUUGGAGUUGAAAAAGGGGCAUUAUGGUAUUCGAAUCUGAUAAUAGCCAUAACGUAACUUAAAAUACAC